GUUUAAAUAUUUAUCGUGGAGAAACUCUGAAUGCAAAACCGACAUGGCGUCUUCAUCUCCCUCAUCAUCUUUCACGCUUUCCUCUCUGUUCGCCACCGCCGUCCUAAUUCUAGUUCUCUCAACCGCCGUAUCAUUGAAAUCGGCGUUCCACCCUCGCGACAUGCUUCCGCAUUUGCCAAGACAAGUCUCCUGGCCCAUCCUCAACUCCCUUUACGGCGCCGCCGAUCUGCUUCCCACUUUCAUCGGAACAGCGAAUGCAGGAAACAACACCGUCAAGUGGAAAGGAGCUUGCUUCUAUGAUAACACAGCUCAUAUGGAGUUUCAUAACAAGUCCGCUAGCAAGUUUGGUGGAGGCACACUUCACAUUAAGGCGGAUAAAGCACAUAGCUCGACUUGCAUGGAUCUUUAUGUCUUUGCAACUCCAUAUCGUGUGACAUGGACUUGGUACUUCAUUUCACGGCCACACACUGUAGAGUUCCCUGAAUGGGAUGGACAAGCCGAGUAUGAUUACGUUAAGAAGAAGGGAGUUUCGAUAUUCCUUAUGCACGCAGGGAUGUUAGGAACACUACAAGCACUGUGUGAUGUUUUCCCUCUCUUUACCAAUACUGGUUGGGGUGAAAGCUCUAAUCUGGCGUUUCUUGAGAAGCAUAUGGGGGCUAAGUUCGAAGCUCGUCCUGAACCAUGGGUCACCAAAGUCAACACUGAUGAUAUCCACUCUGGUGAUCUACUUGUUCUAUCCAAGAUCCGUGGACGUUGGGGUGGUUUUGAGACCCUUGAGAAGUGGGUGAGUGGGGCUUACGCUGGUCAUUCAGCUGUCUUCUUGAGAGACACACAAGGGAAGCUGUGGAUUGGUGAGUCCGGUAAUGAAAACGAAAAGGGAGAAGAUGUAAUAGCGAUAUUACCAUGGGAAGAGUGGUGGGAGUUUGAACAAAAGAAAGAUGACUCGAAUCCUCAGAUUGCAUUGUUACCUUUGCAUCCUGAUGUUCGUGCUAAGUUCAACGUUACUGCUGCGUGGGAAUAUGCUCGGAGCAUGGAUGGUAAACCAUAUGGUUAUCACAACUUGAUUUUUGCCUGGAUCGAUACCGUUACUGCAAACUACCCUCCUCCUAUAGAUGCUCAUCUUGUUGCCUCUUUCAUGACUGUUUGGAACAAAUUGCAGCCUGAGUAUGCUGCUAAUAUGUGGAAUGAAGCCUUGAACAAGCGUCUCGGAACAGAGGGUCUUGGUCUUCCAGAUGUACUGGUGGAAGUAGAGAAACGCGGAUCUUCUUUUGACAAAUUACUGACUGUACCUGAACAAGACGACUGGAUCUACAGCGAUGGUAAAUCAACCUCGUGCAUUGCUUUCAUACUUGAAAUGUACAAAGAAGCUGGCCUAUUUGGCUCAUUGGCUAGUUCUAUUCAAGUCACGGAAUUCACGCUAAAAGAUGCUUACAUGCUCAACUUCUUCGAGAACAAUGCAAGCCGUCUUCCAAAAUGGUGCAAUGACAAUGACAGUGUGAAGCUUCCUUUCUGUCAGAUACUUGGGAAGUACAGAAUGGAACUUCCUGGUUACAAUACUAUGGAACCUUACACCCAUAUGAAUGAACAGUGUCCAUCUCUGCCUCCAAAGUAUAACAGACCAGGGAACUGCUAAAACCAUUAAAAUCCAACUGUCGUCUUUCCUCGUAUAUAUGUUUGUUAAUACCAACUUCUUUUUUUUUAACUCUUAACAACUUUUAAUCUGUUUGUAAAUAUAUUGAUGAUAAGGUUUAAAACCUACUGAAACUACGUAUUUUGUAAUUAUUUAUAUUAAUAUACACACAAAAUGGAAUUAGAAGAAAUCUUAUG